AUGAUGACGACGCAGACCAGGCUCCACGCCAAACCGGAGGCCAGCCCGGGCGUUCAGCCCCAACCACGCCUCUUCACCAUCGACGAGUACUUUGCGAUGGCCGAGGCCGGCAUACUGGGCCUGGAAGAGCGCGUCGAACUGAUCGACGGAUUGGUUAUCGUUAUGGCCCCCAUCGGAAAUCCGCACCAGGCCAGCGUAGACAAGUCCACCCGCAACUUGGUCAUCUCCGUGGGAACCCGUGGCAUCGUGCGAACGCAGGGGUCAAUUGCGCUGAACGAUCGCUCGAUGCCGCAGCCGGACCUCGUUCUGCUGCGGGAGCGGGCCGACUUUUACACCUCGCAGCGGGUGGGGCCGGAUGACGUGCUGUUGUUGAUCGAGGUGUCGGAUACCACUGCGGACUACGACCGUAACGUAAAGCUGCCUCGAUAUGCCGAAGCCGGCAUACCGGAGGUGUGGAUUGCGGUCAUUCCUGAAGGCAUCGUGGAAGCCCACACCGAGCCGGCCGAAGGCAGAUACAGGGUUCGACGAACCUUUGGUCCCGGCGAUACGAUUAGCCCCGGCUGCUUUCCCGACAUCACACUUCCUGUCAGCGAAAUCCUUCCUAGUUAG